AAAGCCGACAGCAAGCAACCUCUAAGAAUGGCUGAACCUCCCAUCGCCCAAAAGGAUAAGACACCACUCCCGAAGCCGACGCCGACGCCAUGAUCCUCCCUUCGCUAGCAUCCUUGGUGCUCACAGGCACCCUCACUACCACCGUACGAGCGAGAGGGGAGGCGUUCAACUCUACCUCCAAGUUGCUGGCCGGUGGAACUGUGAUCGCCUUCGAUGCAGAGACCGAGAGCCUUCAAGUCAUCCGAAACGGCUCCGUCUUGAUUGUCGACGAUCGUAUCGAGGCAGUCUACUCGGGACAAUACAAUGGCACCUUUCCCUCCAACCUUGACAUUGUGAAUACCACGGGCGACAUCAUCACCCCCGGAUUCAUCGACACUCACCGUCACAGCUGGCAAACCGCCUACAAGACCGUUGCCUCCAAUACCACUCUGGCCGAGUAUUUCGAUCGGUACGGAGAGUUUGCCGUAAAUGGGGAGUAUUCGCCCGAAGAUGUCUACAUCAGCCAGUUGGCGGGUCUGUACGAAGCGAUGAACGCCGGAGUCACCACGAUCCUAGACCAUGCCCACCACACCUGGUCCAAUGAGACCACCGACGCGGGUCUGGCUGCCAGCAUUGACAGUGGUGCUCGCAUGUUCUGGUGCUACACCUUCCACAAUGUGACGAAUUACACUUUUACCGAGCAAGUGAAUAAGUUCGAGGAAAUCGCCAACAGCGGCCCCUUCGACGGCACGGCCACCAGCCUCGGGGUCGCUUACGAUGGGUUCAACCCUGGUAGCUUGUUCUCUAGCAAAUAUAACGUCUCCGUCAUUACCACUCACUCCCUGCAGGGUAUCUGGGGAGCCAUCAAUUCUCCGGAGGAUCUGAACGCUCUGGGAAUCUUAAGCACCGCCAUUCCCGUGGUCUUCUCCCACGCAAGUUUCUUGACCGGCGAGGGGGCAGCCUUGUUGCGCAGCACGAACCAGUAUAUCUCCAUCACGCCCGAAUCGGAGAUGCACUACGGCCACGACCAUCCCCGCAGCCACCUGAUCCAGGACCAGGCCGCCUUGGGGGUUGACACGCACUUCACCUACUCGACCGACAUCCUGACGCAGGCACGGCUCUGGCUUCAGAGCGCCCGCGUCGCCUUCUACCGCUGGGUGCUGCAGAACUGGAACAUUCCGGCCAACAACCCCAUGUCCGUUGAUAAGGCAUUUCUACUGGCCACGCGCAAGGGCGGUCUUGCCCUGCGCCGACCCGACCUCGGCGUUAUAGCCGUGGGGGCCAAGGCCGACGUGGUCGUCUGGGAUGGUAACACCCCCGGUAUGCUCGGCUGGGGCGACCCUGUGGCGGCCAUCAUCCUGCACGCCAACGUGGGCGACAUCAAGCAUGUGCUCGUCGACGGUAAAUUCCAGAAACGCGACGGGGGAAUUGUCAGCAGCACUUACCCGGCCGUGCGAGACCACUUCCUGGCCACCGCGAGGAAGAUCCAGGCGAUCUGGAAAGCCAAGGCCUACCCCGUUUUGGAGGGGGAUUUCCCGGAGUCGGGCUUCGCGUACGGUCGGGCUCCGCUGGCGGAUACGCAGCGUGGUGAGGGUGAUGGGUAUGGUGAACAGUUUCUGUGA